AUAAAAGCUAUGCCUAAAUAGGACUAAAUAUCAGUUAUCUGUUAAACUCAUAGCAACACAGACCACAAUGUUGAAGCUGGUGGUGUUGUCCUUCGUCAUUGCCUCCGUGGCUGCUAGUGGUAUUGCACCUCUAUGGGGUGGUCACUUAGCUGCAUCUUGGGCAGGACACGUGGCUGCUCCCUGGGCAGCUGCUCCUUGGGCUGCCGCUGUUGCACCUGUAGCUGCUCACGUCGCCACUGCUCCUCUUGCACCAGUGGGUGCUUACAACUACAGGGGUCCUCUUUCUUUGGCUCCUGGCCAGCCAGCUAAUAUUUUGGCUCAUGACGGCAGACCACUUGAUACUCUUAGUGUAAAUGUUGAUCGGGCUAUUCACUACACUGCGAAGGCGCUUGAUCAUGGCGCUAUUCACCAUCUGAAAAAGAGAUCAGCCGUCGCUCCUUGGGGUGUCGUUCCAUGGGCUGCUGCUCCUUUGGCAGUUGCAUCACCAGCAGUUGCUUGGUCUCAUUCUGCACACGUUGCUGCUCCAGUAAUUGCACCUGCUGCUGUCGCUGGACACAUCGCCCCGUGGGGUUUGGGACAUGGAGCACAUUGGUAGAAAGUACAAAGGAAAUAUACCCUAGGAUCUUUUAAUCGUUACAUGGUAAUAAAAGAGAGUUAUUCACA